AUGGCUCGUCGUGCGCUCACAAGCCAAGUCUCACCAAGCUUGUCGUCCCAUUCUUUUUACUCUAUCCUGUUGCAGGGAGAAGAACCAAAGUACAAUGUAUCGGAGCUUGCAAGGCAGAACCAGCACACAAUACAGGAAGCACCAAGGUUAGUAUCUCUGGUAGGGACCACCGAGCUCUUCAUCAACCAACAAAGCGAUGACUACUCUACCUUCGCCCGACGCAGGGACAAGGCUGUGCCUCUCUGGGGCGGCCCUCAUCGGCCACUACUUCGCCGUCUUUACUAUCGGUGCGAGCAGCUACGCGAGGAUCGCAAUGCCUCAACCGUUCAAGGGUUGUUUUUCAGGAAAUUGCUGGAGCGGGUGGCUAGCUACGACAAUAGCUACCUGGGUAUCCAGUCCAACACAUCGAGAGGCCUUGAAGUCGUAGCUGAUGCUACCAUGCCUGCCAUUAUGUCUCAAGCUUGUUCAGAAACAGCUUUCGGGCCCCCGAUCUUCGAUAACUUGUUGCUCGUGGCAGAGCUACAUGCCAGCAGUCUUGGAAGCCUUGCAGACGAUAUAUAUCUGCAACUUUAG